CAUUUAGUAUCGCCAACCAAAAAUAAAUAAUGGAAGAGGAGGAUGAAAGUGAUAACUCCUCAACAAAAUUUGCCCAGUCUAUUGUAGAACAAGUGAAUAGGUCGGAUAUUGAAGCAAUGGUCCAGGUUCAGCGUGACAUGUUAUCAAGAUAUGAGAAAACAAAUGAAAUGUUGAUCAAUUUCAACCUGUUGUCAUUAUCUCGGUAUGAGGCUACAAGUCAGGAAUUCAAAAAGCACACACAAGUUUUAUAUGAAAUGAAGAAAGAUUUAGACAGUGUAUUUCGAAGAAUAAGGCAAUUAAAGCAAAGAUUAGGCUCAAUGUAUCCAGAAGCCUUUUCAGUUUGUAGUGAUGUUUACAAUAUGUUGAGUGAGGAUGAAGAAGAUGGAGAAAAUAAAAGUAAAAACAAAGACAAAAAUAAACAUGAUAACAAACAUUCCAGUGAUCAUGAUUCUCCAGAAACAGCAGAUGGAAUGAAUGACAUGCUAGGGAAUCAUGGGAAAAAAAGGAUUGAACAAAAUGGAGGCAUUAACUGUGAUAAAACAGACAGUGAAGCAAAAACAAAAAUAAUAAACAACAUAUCAAAUACAGACCAAAUUGAACAAAUACAUAUAUGUAAUUCUGAAAUGAAUUGUACAAACAUUGAGGUCAAUAAUGGAAGUAGUGUGAAAAGUUCUAUACAAAAACAAACAGAAGAUAAUGGAUGAAUAAUUUCUCUUGAUUGUUUUAAUCUUAUUAGUUUAAAAUAUUGUAUGCACAUUGAAGUUGAUAUGCCUAUCAUUAUGCAUUUCUUUAUUAUUAGCACUAAGGCAAUGAGUAUUCAUCUUUUGUGGUGGAUUCAGGUUUUUUAUGUUGACAAAAUUUCUUCAGUAAUGGAGGAUUAAGAACUGUUUUUUUUUUUAAAUCAAAGUUUUUAAUAUAUUUACAAAUUUUCAUAACAGACAAAUCAUUUAUAUUUAAUCACUUCGUUCCUUAAGAAAACUCUAUUUUCAAGAAAUUUAGAAUCAAACAUUUUAUUUAUGAAAAAAAUAUGCCCCCAACACAUGAUGAAUGGUUGUUGCCUAUAUUACUUUGACAUCUUUAUUAGAAAAACCAAUGUGAGCAUCAUAGUAGGAAAUGUAGGUUUGUUGACAUCAAUGAAUACACUUUGUCAUACAUUUUAAUAUCAUCAAUAUAACAAAAAAUGUCAUAAAAACUUUAAAUUAUGACACGAUACUUAAAAAAAACAGCUACUCCUUUCACAAAAAUUGUUAUUAAGGAAAAAAAAAUUGUCAUACUUAACAAACAAUUUUAAUCGUAAGAUAUAUUUUUAUAAAAUAUAUUCAGCCAUUGAUUUAAUUUUCUUACCAAAGACUUCAAAGUUCAAAGGUUAAAUAAUUUGAUGUACAUUGCAGGAUUUUCUGUUUCCAUUCUCUUUCUCAUGAAAAAUCUUCUUUAACAGUCUGUAGUAUACGUAGAACUUACUAUAUCAAAGAAUGAUUCUCAGCGAAAAACAAAGAAAAGAAGAAAAAUAUAAAUGCAAAAAACAAUUAUGCAUCACACCAGUAGCCAGGUGGGUUUUGGGGGUUCAAUUGAAUCCCCAAGAAGACCAAAAAUACUAUUUAAGAUGAAAUUCCGAUUAAAGUCAGAACCUCAUGACCUUAUUAAAUGAAUGAUGGUCUUAUUUAGAUAUUUUCAAAUCAAUAUCACUGUGUUGCUUUCUAGAAUGGCCUGAUUGUUCUAGUAAACCAUGCCCAUGUUGGUGAAAUCAAUAUCACUGUGUUGCUUUCUAGAAUGGCCUGAUUGUUCUAGUAAACCAUGCCCAUGUUGGUGAAAUCAAUAUCACUGUGUUGCUUUCUAGAAUGGCCUGAUUGUUCUAGUAAACCAUGCCCAUGUUGGUGAAAUCAACACUGUGUUGCUUUCUAGAAUGGCCUGAUUGUUCUAGUAAACCAUGCCCAUGUUGGUGAAAUCAAUAUCACUGUGUUGCUUUCUAGAAUGGCCUGAUUGUUCUAGUAAACCAUACCCAGGUUGGUGAAAUCAAUAAUCUAUGCUUUGUUACAAAACAUACAAUUUUUAGAUUAAAAGUCCAUAUUUUGAUGAAAUAGAGAUGUUUGAUGAAAGACCACAGUAGCUAAAAGAUAUAAAGAUUGAAAAUAUUAGACCAGACAAGAUAAAAAAAGAAAGCUCAACAAUGACUGAGAUCAUAAACCCAUACUAAACAAAUUUUGAUAUCUAGCAAACCAUAGGAUAUUGAAAUAAAUACCAGUAAUCAUUUGUUUAAUGAAUAUGUCACCAUUGGAAAUAAAAAUAACUGACUUUCUUUAGGUUAGCUGACACCAUGUUAAAGUCCCCAAGUAUGGCCAGAUAAAAUAACUGAAAGGCUUAUUGGAGUGUAUUUUUUGAAAGAUGAAUGUAUUUUUCUUUAUAAAAAAAAUGCAUGCAGCAUGUGGUAUUCUAAGUUGCUUCACAUUAUUUAUUAAAUUUGUGAGUAGGCAUUUUCAUUUUCUGCUUUUUAAUUGUGCGUUUAAAUCAGAUUAUUACAGAAAUAAAAUUCCAAAUUAUAAAAUUUCUGGAUGACUGAGAUUUAUUUUUGGACUGAAUGCAUUCAGUCGAAAACUUACAUAAUGAAGUAAAACGGGUUUGAAGCUAUACAAGGCAAGGUACCAUUUUGAUAUAUGAAGCAAAUACUUAAUAUGUAUGCUUUUUUUAUAUUGUUUUGUAAUUUAAAUGCCAUGCUAUUGGAAAUGUGCAAUAAAAAAUCUGACAUUA